UUGCUGGCAGCAGCCCUCAAGGUGCCUAGCAAGAGGCAGGUUGGGAAUUCUGCCCACCCGGAGCUCUAUUUCCCCACCCACCACAGGAGCAAUUGGAAAGGCAGUCUCAGGAAGCUCUGCAGCCAGAGAGCUCAGGAGGGAAGACUGGAGGCAGAGUCUCAACGGGACAGGGAACCACUUCUCCACACCCUGGCAGCACAGAGAGCCUCGAUCAUGCCUUAAAGGGAGACGGAUGCCUCUGGGGGAGCCACAGGAGCAGAUCUUGGGGAUGGUGAAGCCUGGAGGAGACAUCAUGGCCAGGAUGCAGAAGGAAGAGAGUCUAGAGGUACCAAAGGGCACUGAGCCACAUGUGUUGCCAGAGGCCUCCCAGUCUCGAGCAGAGGCACUUAUUGACAGCCAGGCGCCCAACCCCAAAGUCCAGGCGUUAUCAUCAUCCUCAGCAGCAGCAGCAGUGGGGAACGUGAAACUCCGCCAGUCACAGAAGAGGGACCUGAUCAGGAGCAUGGGCAGGGGUAGUAGAGGUUCAGGUAACUGGGAUGUGAGCUCUGACGCAGCCAGGCUCUCCAUAGGCCGGGGCAGCGCACGGCGGAGAGGUCUGAAGGAGGUUCUGCUGCAGAGCAGUGGAGCCGAGGGCGCUAUGUGGCUUGCAGCUGCUCAGAAGAUAGCCAGCAGCAGCAGCCCUGCCGUGGGGAUGCAACAAGAGCUGGAGCAGAGGUUGGAACAGAGCCCUGAGGACUUGUCCUUAGCCUUAGACCCCCUCGAGCAUGAGUGGAUGCUGACUGUGGCCCAGGGGGACCCUGAGAGCAUCGUGAGGUUGCUAGAUGUGGAUCCCAGCCUGCUGAACAGGAGAGAUUUUGUGACAGGGUUCACUGCCCUCCACUGGCUGGCCAAGCAUGGCCACCAUGAGGCCCUGAUCGAGGUGAUCACCUGUGCAGAGAAGAAGGGCUACCAUGCAGAUGUCAACAUUCCCACGGCCAGUGGUGGGCUGACACCCCUGCAUCUGGCUGCCCUGCAGGGACACGAGAUGGUUAUCAAGGUGUUGGUGGGAGCCUACGGUGCCAACACGAGCCUGCGGGACCACAGUGGCCACAAAGCCUGGCAGUACCUGAGAGCAGAUGCUUCCAGGGAGCUGAAGGAGCUGUCAGGGGCUUUAGAGGAAGACCUGGCCCAGCUUGGGGUGUGGAAUGCCAACAACAACUGCAUGUCAUCCAGAAAGGCUGGUGGCUCUGGUGCUGAAUGGAGGACCCAGGUGUUCACCAGACUGCCAUCCUUCAGGAGCAUGUUCAGACAGGCACUUUCAUUCUUCCAAGACCUUUAAAUUGUCCUUUGUGGCUAAGAAUCAGUUUGAUGUUGCCUGUGAACUAGUUUUAAAAAGCAGGUUGGCUGGGGCUGGGGAGCAGGGAAGGAGAGCAGGGGGCUGCAGUGGGGUGGCAAAGGGUUGGUACAGGACACUUGCUGAGCCGAGACUAACCAAUGGCAGCUGGUGCACUGAGAUUACUCAAGAGCCAUUGGCUAAGACUUCUGCAAACCUGCACAGGCUUGGAUCCUGCCUGUAGAUGUUUGUGCACCAUUCCCCUGGCAGUCCACUGUUUAGCAAUCGUGCAUGCGUAGCUGGGGGCAGGAUUUGCCCUGCAGUCACUAUUCUGCUUGUGCAAUGGAAGCCUCUUACUGUAACAUUUCUCCUACUGCCGAACCUCUCCAGCAUGAAUGGAGACCCGGAAGUUCAGCCUGCCAAUCCCAGCCCUCACGCCAGUGCCCCGCACAGGCCCCUUUACUCAGGUUUUGCACCGUUGGCCAGGGCAUGGUUCUAUAAGCAGAGCAUCGGGAUAAGCAGGCUCCUCUGCUUUGUUUACAUUGUUUCCCUGCCUGCUCCAGCGCUGUCACUGAGAACAGCGGGAUGGAAAGAGGUGCUGGUUUACCUUUAGUUCUGCUCUUGCUGCUUACGGUGUCUCUCUGCCCAAAGGCACAAGUCACAUGAUAGAGUGGCAGAGGAAGCGCAGUCUUGUGGUUAAAGCACAGGACUGGAUGGUGAACUAGGAGUCUAUUUCUGGCUAUGCAAAAAGCUUUUCACAUGACUUUGGUCAAGGCACUUCGUCUCUCUGUGCCUCAGUUUCCUCUUUUCCAAAAGAGGAUAAUGCCCCUUCCCUACUUCACAAUGAGGGUGUAAGAUUAGCAUGAUUGUUGUCUGCAGGGUGCUCAGAGGGCCUUGGACAGACAGUUAGCAGCAUGUCAUUACACAUUCCACGGUGACUCACUGAGAUGUCACAGAGGAUUUGGAUUUCAGGUGGGGAAUAAGCAGCCACUGAAACUCCAAAAACAAAAAUCUUAUUUUCAUGACAUGUCUCUGCUAAGGAAAAACACGGAGGAAAAAUACAGAAAACAGGUAAUGCCAUUAAACUACAUAUGCCUUCAAAAUGCCCUGGGAAGUAUCAUGUGCAUUUCUUUUUCUAGAAGCUGUUUGCUGGGUCAAAUAAAUGCUUAAGUCCCCAAUUUGACUCUGGUGGUGGAGCACAGAGUAAAUGGUGGAGUGAGGAGGCGCAGCUUGCUUAAGCAGCUCUGGCACUCCCAAAGGACGGACAGACCAGGGAGAAAAGGAUGGGAACUAGAAACACUCAAGACAUCCUCUCUACACCUGUUUGAAUAUUUUAAAGUAAUAGA